AUGAACUCAGUCCCUGCAUAUCCGGGGAUCCAUCUGCAAACUCAGCCUUGCAACGGAUCGAAGCAUCGUCCCCUGCGUUCCACUAGGGGAGGCCCGUCGCAUGUUGGAAUCAUCGGUGCUGGAUUGGCCGGCCUGAGAUGUGCAGACGCCCUUCUUCAAAAAGGCGUUCGAGUGACUAUACUCGAAGCUAGAGAUCGGAUCGGGGGUCGUAUUUGUCAAGGUGAUAUCGGAGGCGCUUCCGUGGACUUAGGCCCUAACUGGAUUCACGGCACAGCAAACAACCCUAUUGUUAACAUUAGCAAACAGACCAGCACAGUCACCCGAUCAUGGGAAAGCCCACAGACUGUCAUUGACUCAUCAGGACAGCCGCUGGAUGCAGUGACCACUGCUAGGCUAUCCGACUUUAUGUGGACUACCAUAGACAAAGCACUCGAAUACAGCCAAAACCAUGCCGCCACGAUACCACCCGAUCUUAGUUUAUUCGACUAUUUUCGAGAAGAGGUUGAGAAGACUGCUUUUACUCAGCCGGAGAAAGAAGCAUGCCUUGAGCUGUCAAAACUAUGGGGCUCUUAUAUUGCAAAUCUAUUUGUGGCGUCAACUUAUAAAAAUAUUUUGCACUCAGUCGCGAAACCGGCACUGCAAGGUGCUGAGGUGCACUUGAGUGACCCAGUGGUAUCCGUCGAGGCGGCGCUUCGAAAACCGGAUGCUGCACAUCAUGUCACCGUACAUACUGCCUCUGGGCAGAGGUAUAUGUUUGACGAAGUUGUCGCCACCUUUCCACUGGGCUGGUUAAAGCAGAACAAAUCUGCAUUCUCACCAGCUCUUCCAGCGCGUUUGUCGAAAGCCAUUGAUAAUAUCUCAUACGGCCAUUUGGAAAAGAUCUACGUACGCUUCCCAGACGCCUUUUGGCAUACCGAGAGCAGAGAAUGCCAAAGGAAUAGUGACAACGGAGCGGACGAAGCAGAUCGUUCAACUUCGGUCCCCGUUUUUACACAAUUCCUAAAUCCGACGUAUACUGACCACCCCCCUACCCCAUUUUGGAACCAGGAAUGUGUCUCCCUGGCUGCUCUGCCUGAAUCAUGUGCCCAUCCAACUCUCUUAUUCUACCUCUACGGCUCAUGCGCCUCCCAAAUCGUUCACCAGCUCUCUUCAAUUCCCCCAACAUCAAAAGAGUACCACGAAAUUCUCAAUGAUUUCCUCCAUCCGUUCUACUCCCGCAUGCCUGGGUAUAGCCCCGCCUCAGCGUCGUGCAAACCGGUGGGUUUCCUCGCCACAAAAUGGCAAUUGGACCCGUGGUCUGGGAAUGGAAGUUACUCAAAUUUCCAAGUUGGACUGGAGGAAGGAGAUCGGGAUAUUGAAAUUAUGAGGGAGGGCAUUGGGAUUGAGCGGGGUGUGUGGUUUGCUGGUGAACAUACGGCGCCAUUUGUGGCCCUGGGGACCACGCUUGGAGCGUAUUGGAGUGGAGAGUUGAUUGCCGAGAAGGUAUAUGAAAUGUUGAGUGGAAAAGAAGGUCAGAAACAGGGAGAGCUUUAG